UCUAGCAUAAUCAUUUUGUCUCGCUGCGUGUUUAUGUCAGUGAAUCAUGAUUACUUUUAAAUUACUUUGAAUGCUAUAACAGCUACCGCCUAUAAAGGGAUCAUGAAUGUAAACAGCAAUGAGGUAAAGGUGUAUGUCCGCACCAGACCCACGGCUUGCUUUGCACAAGACCUCAUUGAAUACCUGCCUGAUAAACAGACUGUGAAUGUGCACCAGAGGCGGUGUUCCAGAAGGGGGGUGGUGAAUAACCAAACGAGCUCCUGGUCCUUUCGCCUGAAUGGGGUUCUGCACAGUGCGUCUCAGGAAGAGGUCUAUGAACAUGUGGCACACACUGUGGUGCUCAGCGCUUUGCAGGGUUACAAUGGUACCAUUAUGUGCUUUGGCCAGACUGGAGCAGGAAAGACAUACACGAUCACUGGUGCCACAGAGGCGUAUAGGCAAAGAGGAAUUAUCCCUCGUGCCCUACAAGAGGUGUUUCGGGAGGUGGAGCACCGUGUAGGUCACACCUUCUCUCUGCACCUUUCAUACCUGGAGAUCUACAAUGAGACCUUGUUGGACCUGUUAGCCUCAAUAAAAGGGAGCCAAGAGCCCCAAGGAGGACCUUUGACUGUGGUGGAAGAGCCAGGUGGCGGGGUUUUAGUGAAGGGACUGUCUCUACAUCCAGUUCACAGUGAAGAGGAGGCCCUGAACUUGCUUUUUGAGGGUGAGAUGAAUAGAAUAAUUGGAGAGCAUGCCCUCAAUAAGAAUUCUUCCAGGUCACAUUGUAUCUUCACGAUCCACAUUGAGUCUCGGUCUCGCACACUGUCAAAUGCGACGUACGUCACGUCCAAACUAAAUCUGGUGGACCUUGCAGGUUCAGAGAGGCUGAGCAAAACUGGGUCCGAGGGCCAGGUGCAGAGAGAGGCCAUGUAUAUCAAUAGGUCUCUGUCCUUCCUGGAGCAGGCCAUCAUGGCCUUGGCCGACAGGCGCCGCGAGCACGUGCCCUUCAGACAGAGCAAGCUGACGCACGCGCUCAGAGACUCUCUUGGUGGGAACUGCAACACUGUGCUGGUAGCCAACAUUUACGGGGAGGCAGCGCAUAUCGAGGAGACGCUCUCCACUCUCCGUUUCGCAGCCAGGAUGAAGUGUGUACGCACCGAGCCGUCCGUCAACGAGCACAUGGACCCUGCUCUCCAGGUACACAGGCUGAAAAAAGAAAUCCAACAACUGAAGCAGGAGCUAUCCAUUCAGGACACACUGGCUAAUCGUGCGGGGGUGUCGUAUGAGAAGCUGUCGGAGAGCCAGGUGGCUGAGGUGAGGAGCCAGGUUCAGAGAUACCUGGCCGGCACACUGGACGAGAUCACAAUUGUGAAUGCUAGACAGAUCCAGGAAGUGUUUGCCCAGUUUAAAAAAAUAGUCCAAGAGCAGCAGCAGCUCGGUCAGAAACACACUCUGGUAGAGAAAGUCCAUAGCAUGUCAUCCUCCUCUGCUGCUAAAGCCCGGGAGCCCGAGGGGGCCGUAGGCGAGUUGGAGGGCGGAUUUGGCCUCGGCGUGGCUGCACCUUCCCAGAGACACACACCGUCUCCCAGCAGAAGCAAAGGAAAGAAAGCGAAAGAUAGCAGCAGAAAGAAUGGAAAGAGCUGCAGUCCAACAGAAGGCCCUGCUGUGGCCCAGAAAGAGCCGGAGGCCCCCUUAGCCACGCUGGAUCCGGAGGGUCUGGAGCCUCUGCCCGUGAAAGACACUGGAAGGAAGAGAAGCGCCACUCCUCCAUCCAAGAUGGAGGCAUUUGAGCACUUCAAGGCGGAGAGAGGCAGUGAGCUGAAGCGCAUCCUGAAGGCGAACAAGGCCGUGCUGCUGGAGCGCUCGGCCCAACUGCACAAACUCACAGACGCCAUCAACGCCACCAAACGGGACAUAGACAAAGUGGGCUCGGAGCUGGAGCAUCUCAGGGCGAAAAGGCAGAGUCAGGGGCAGUUUGUGAGUGCGGAGGGCGAGCCUGUGCUGGAGGAGGCCGAGCUGGCUCUCGUCCUCAGCCUCAGGGAGAUGAAGGACAACUACAGGCAGGCCCACGAUGAGCUGCUGGCUACCAGGGCCGAGGUGCGCUACUGUCAGCACCUGGUGGCUCAGUGUCGCGUGCGCCUGCUCACGGAGUUUGAGAGCUGGUACAAUGAGUCCUUCUUGUUACCAGAUGAGGUUCUGUCCAUCUUGAGAGAGGGACCAAUCAGGCCUGGUUUGGUGCCUGUGGACAAAGCUUUGGCUCUGGAAGGUGAGGCGCAGGAGCACGCCGACCUGCUGUCUGACAGCCCCAGUGCUGUGUGGUUUCACAAUGCACAGAACAGGACACUCCAGAGGAGGGGCAGCAGGCCAGUUCCUCACAGUCCCGAUUCUAGGAAGAACGGCACGGGAACACGCAGAAACAAGCUCAAACUGCCUGCUGUCUCAGUCAGCCGAGGGCAUAGCAGCAAUAUAAUCACCAUAUAACCUCUUGUUCAUAUGGCUUUGCUUUCUAGAAUUGGCAGCAAUCUGAAAUGACUACAUAUAUGACAAUUAUAUUUCUGACCUCAAUUUGGGGCUUACUUCUCCCCAGUUCAGCACAAUUCAGAUGGUAACUAACAAGGCAAUUUUGGUGUGUGUUCAGCUGCCCUGUCUCGUAGCAUGGGCAGUAGCUUGGAAAGAUGAGAUGCUGGGCUGCAGAAGUCUCAGAGGAAGCACGUGCUUGUCACACCCUCCACAGCUGACAGUUGUAUGAUGGGAGAGAGCUAGCUUUGUGGGUGGGAUUAGGCAUAACAACUAAAGUUGGAAGAACAACCAACCAAAAAACACAAAACCAAAGAGACGACUGGUUAUUAUGGAAGGAUAAACUUGGACACUUUAGCACCUCAUACUUCAGCACAAUCAGCGGCAAUAUAGGGAUUUCUAUUAUCUACACUAUACCUUGGUGAAUGGGAGGAGUAACAGGUCUGUCACUCUACAUCAGUAGUUUACAAUUGUCCUGUCUAGCUUUCUGCACAAUUGCAAAUGGUAAAACCAGUUUCUGAUCGUUAGGCUCUGAAUAUGGGGCUAAGGGAGAUGAUCCAUCGUCUGUUCCAGCUUUAUGUACUGGUGGUCUGGUGCACCAGAAUAAACCAGCCCAGUUAAGGCUAGAGCCACACACUUUGGUGUACAGUGUCAUAUUCUCCCAACGCCUCAACUUUGAUGUUCAUCUCCUUAUUCUGGUGGCCCCCAAACCUUCCACUCUCUGUCUCCCCACACAAACAAAAGCUAUCCUGACAAAAUAACAAUGCACUUCACACAAGAUGAAAGGUUGCACAGUAAAUAUCGAUGAACUUUAAACAUUCGAAUUAAAGUAUGGCUAUCUUUGACAAAUUAACGUACAAGUGAAGACAUUUUGGGACAUCGGAUCAUUAAAUGAAAAGUAAACUUUAUUAUUCCUGAACCACAAAAUAGACUUCUUUGGUUGUACAAAUUCACUAGUUACAGUCCUGAAUGAUCUACCCCCAGGUGUCGGACCCUCCCUCCCCAUUUAGCAAAGAAGCCCCCAAAGAAAUCAAAAGAACAGGGAGUGAUCAAAACUGUUCUGCUGCAAGAAUGUAGUGAAUCCCACUAAUGACAUGAAAAUGUGAUUUCUACCUGUCUUUAAAAAAUACGAUAAAAGGUCAGCCAUUCCCAAAGUGUUAUGCAAAACUGAAUUUCAGUUAGCAAAAGCAACAUGAAGAGCUAAGAUUAGUAAAGUUAAAUGAACAUUUUUUUGACAUGGUAGUCAUAUGACCACAGUGUAAAUGGCAACUGAAGUAACAGAAUUACUGGUUUGUAUAUCAAACGUUCUUGAGAGGGAUGAAAAUUCUCUUUCCUCACCCAGGAUUGAAAGAAAAUUUGCAGUAAGCCAAUAUACAUGCAAAGAGCACCCAGUCUGGACCUCAUCGGGAUCAGUCUUAGCGCAGACUGGCUCAGUUUCAACUUGGGUUUUUGCUUUUUGUACAUUAUUCACACAAUAAUAAUAAUUUCAGUGGCAUCAGAUUUAAAUUAACCAAAUGUUAGAUUGGAAAAUCAUAUUAUCUACUACCUUCACAUGCCUCUCUGGAGUAUCUGGCCCAGAGGAAAGAGCUGAACGGGAUUUCAUAUGGAAACAGCGAUUAAGGGAAUGCAUCGUUCUUCCCUCAACCACAUCAUAAGUAGAAAGAAAUGUACCAUGGGUUGAUGGAGGUGAUAAGAAGGACGUGGAUCUUCUCUUCAAAACACUAAAGUUUGAGAAUAUUUGCCCAGCUGGAUAAAGGAUAUUUACUGCAUAUUACCCAAGUCAGCCUGACAGUCUGGCCAUUGGGAAUGUUCCAGCAAAUAACAUGCACUAUGAUGCAACGAGUAGAAAAACUGAAAAGUUGAGUUCAUUCAGAUAUUCUUGAGGAAGUCACCAUUGCAACCUGAAAGUUUAUUUCCAUGUUGACACUGGUGCCUUCUUUAGCCUUUAUUCUCCUAGUCCUGGUCCAGGAAGACUAGAAAGCCACUAGGUUUGGUUUAAGCUGACAAUCAAAAAUGAAACCGGACAGCUUGUUUAUGUGCCACAUAAAAGUGAUAUGUAGAAUGACAGUGUUUAAAGCAGUAAAGUCACAUGAAGGUCACAUGAGAUGGGACCGAGAAAACAAUAACAAAAAACAUUUCAUUUGCAUCGUUUUAUGGAUCCAAAACAGUGGAUGACAAUUUUUGUAAUGGAUAUAAAGUGAAUAAAAAAUGAAUUUUAACUGAUGUGUAUUCUUACCCACAAUUUCGAUAAGUUUACAAUCUUGUAAAAAAAAAA